UUUGAGUUGAAUGUCAUGUUGGCAAUGCCGUAAGCCGCUGACAUGCUGCUGAAUGUUCUGACGUUCGUGAAACGUCAAGGCAAUGUGGGAAAUGUCAACCCGUUUCUCUUUCUCUAUAUCCGGUCAGCCAUAAGACCUCCGACAAGAUGAGGAAAAUUAUGAAACAAGGUAAAAUCGUAAUCGUCCUUAGUGGACGUUACGCAGGUCGUAAGGCCAUUAUUGUGAAGACUUCGGAUGAUGGUACACCCGAAAAACCAUUCGGACACGCACUUGUCGCUGGUAUCGAUCGGUAUCCACGCAAGGUGACCAAGAAGAUGGGCAAGAACAAGUUGAAGAAGAAGUCCAAGAUCAAGCCUUUCCUGAAAGUGUUGAACUACAACCAUCUGAUGCCCACCCGUUAUGCCGUGCACGAUAUCUCUUUCGAGAAAUUGUCGCCAAAGGAUCUGAAAGACCCCGUUAAGAAGAAGACACACCGCUUCCAAACACGCGUCAAGUUCGAAUCCACUUACAAAGAGGGCAAGAACAAGUGGUUCUUCCAGAAGCUGCGUUUCUAAGCUAACACCUUUGGAUUACUUGAUACGUAGAUAAGCCCCUUAAUUUUUAUACAUUUAAAAACAUAAUUUUAUAUGUUUUAAUUGUGUGGAGAAGAGCAGAAAAGAUGUAAGUGAUACCAGGAUGAUAGAAUGUUGGAAUGCAAUCAACAGUCUAAAAUAAAGUGGUUCUUAAAAAUUA